AUGGAAUGGUGGUGUCUGCUCAGCUCCUGGCAGAGCUGAAGGGUGCCGGUGAGCUCCGGUGGUGCCAUGGUCAAUGGCUCUGUUUGUCUUGUAGUGCUUGCGCAGUGUUAAUGCUCUUGGAAAGUGUAAACCCUGCUGCUUUUUCUCCCCAAUGGGCUUCUGAAGGCUUGGGGCUCAUAGGGCGAUGCUGAGCCAUGCGUGUUCCUUGGGGUCUUUAGGGCAGAGCAGGGCGUGGGGUCCCAGGUCUACGUGCCCACCCUGUGGUGCUGAUGUUGGCAAGGAUUAAACCUCCUCCCGGUGUUGGCUUUGCGGGGACAUCCUGGCUUAUGUCUGUCCUGCCAUGUGUCAGCCCUGGUGCUGGCCCUAUCCCUGGGCUGUUUUCUUCUGUCCCUGAGCCACUAAUGGUCCCUGCAAGGCAGGACGUGGGUGCUGGGUGCAGCCAGGGUGCUGGGGGGAGGCUGCAUCUUGCCACUCGCUCGCAGAGGGCACUGCUGAGCCGGCUGAGGGCUGCGGGCCCGGGGAACGUGCAGCCAGAUGAGACAUCGUCAACAAGGAAGGAAGAAAGAAAAAAAUCAACAAAAAAAAAAAACCAACCCGGGGAAAAGGGUAUGAACCACCGAAGCCAAACCACGUGUCGUGAGGCGUCUCCCACGGCCGCCCAGCGCGGUGGCACCGGGGACACAGGCCUGUCCCCCAGCUGGAGGGAGCCUGGGAGCUGGGGAGACCCUGAUGAUGCUUCCAGUGAAUGCUCUCUGAGCCUAACGUGGGAUUGCUGAGCUGAAGGCGAUUGUGUUUAAACAGCGUGGUGGGCACAGACUGCAGCCCCGUGUUUGCUCUAGCAGGUUCCUGUUACAGCAGGGGCCAGAUGAGCAGCUACGUGGCCCAAGGGCUGAGUCACCGCCAGAGCGGUGUGAGCAUGAGGCCGAGAGCUUUCUCAGACCCACGUCCGGGUGACGCUGGCAGCGUGACUUCUCGCUGCCUUUAGGGAGGGACUGACCAAACGCCACCGGGGACCAGCUAGAGGUUCCAGCUGCCCGUCGUGUUUGCAAGUGGCAGAACAGCUCCAGCACGCCCGUCCUCUCGCCACUGCACCCAGCAUGGCAGCGUAGAGCUGGGGGCAGAUGGACGGGGUGCAACGGGAUGAGCCCUGCCCUGACCCUGCUUCUGUCACUGGCCAGCUGCACCCUGCUCCGGGGCAUGCCAUUGCCUCCGCGAGACGUGAGGCUGGAGGCACAAAACUUCCACGUCCGCCUGCAGUGGGAGCCGGACCCUGGCUCACCCAGCGGUGCCUCGUACCAGGUGGAGUGGAGGAGACGGAAGGUGCCAAAAAGGAGAAAUCCCUGCAUUUUCUCCAUGGGCAGAACCUCUCGCUGGACCAAGGUGGAUACCUGCUGGGGGAACAGCACCGGCUCCUCCUGGGCAUGUGAGCUGUAUUUUGACAAGAUCCACGAUAUCUACUGGGCAAGGGUGAGAGCGGUGGCUGGAGGCAAGCUGUCUGAGUGGGCCUAUUCCAGCGAACUGCAGCUGUACAGAGACACAAUUGUGGGCCCCCCCAAGUUGUCUUGGCUGCUCCAGGGUCACAUCCUCAACGUAAAUAUCAUCAUGCCACUCACUCCCUACCGAAGCACAAACGGCUCUUACAAGCCAGUCGACCAAGUGCUGCUGAAGCUGUGGUACUGGCUGAAUCUGUACGAAGGCGAUGUGCUUGUCCAGCAAGUGCCCUGCAAACGGAGCAGGGAGGAAGCCCCAUGUACUUUCAGAUACCUGAAGCCCAGCACGCAGUACUGUGUCCGGACGGCAGCCGCGGGCAUGGCUGGGGAGCAGAGCCAGGAGGCCGAGCAGUGCAUGGUGACUCCGGCAGGCCCCACAGGCUUUCCCUGGGUCCUCCUGGCCGUGCUGAGUGGCAUCUUCCUGCUGCUGAGCAUGGCCGGGCUCUGCUUCGUCCAGCUGCACGUCUUCCCCAGUCCCUCGGAGACGCUCCUCCCGAAAACACUUCAGGCUCUCCUGAACAGGGACCCGAGUGUGACCAUCAGGGAGCCCACCCUUGAGCUCAAGGAGGACUCGCUUACCCUGCUCCUGCCAACUGUGCUACCCUCCUGCGGGUCACCUGCAGGUGAGCAGACAACACCCACAGUCCAGCUGCUUGUCGGAGAAAGCCUUUCCCAGGACAUGAGUGGCUACUGUGCCAACGGUUUUGGGCCAGACUGCCACGAGGGAAGGGACCCGUCCUGCACCCACAGCCAGCUGGGGCAUGCCUUGGGCUCCCAGGUCUCAUUGCGGCUGGAGGAGGAUCGGGAAGUGUGUGAUGGGGAUGAUGUGCUGGAGCAGCCGGUGCUGGUGGGACUGACCAGAGACAGCUACACAGGUGACAGGGACUACCGGACAUCGGAGAUGUGGCUCCCCCUGCAUCUCCAGCUUCAUUCUAAAUGCCAGUGCCCAGCCCUGGGAGCGGGCAGUUGGCUACCUCUGCCCACACCGGGCAGGAGCUUCAGCCAGGAGGACUUGCGGGAGAGCCUUGGCAUGGCAAGGCACCGGGUACCGCUCAGCUCCGUGAAGCUGCCGGCCAGUGAGGAGGAGGAUGGAGGGCACCUCGUCCACGCUGUCCAGCCCCUGCCUGGUCUUGGGACUGAGCCACAGCCAGGUGACAGUACCGUGCAGCAGGGUGACUCGGAGCAGGCAGCACCGGGUGUCCCCAGCCCUUGCCAGCUGCCCCAAUUGCCCCCUGACGUCCGACGGGCAGCUGCCUUCUCUGGCUAUGAGCUGCGUCCCCCAGCUGACAGUGAGCCAUAGCAGGCAGGCGGGGGCACACCGGGAGCUCCUGGCACCCAAAUCACAGCACCAAGCAGAGCUCGAGGUGCUGCCCGGAGCUGCCCCGGCCAUGAUGGCUGCCUGCUCAGACCUGCCUGUGCCUUGCUGGGGACAGGACAGGGGCAGGCUCCCGUGCAGGCAGGCACAGGCAUGCUCCAGGUACAGCUGCCACAGAUGGGUGGUGAGAUCAGUAUCUUCAGAGCUUCCCUCUGGUUUUGGUGCUCUUGAAUCAAAGCAUAAGGAAUACAUACCAAAGUUGAAGCCCCAAAACUUUUAUCUAUUUAUCCAUCUAUAUGUGUGUAUAUGUGUGCAUGUAAAGUAUAUAUACUAAUGCAAAUUUAUGUUUAUACUCAAAUAUAUAUAUAAACCUCUUGAAUGAAAGAGGAGAGGUUUUUUUUUUUUCUUUACUUGUCUGGAAAUACUGAUUGUGCACUGGAGCUGUUUUUUAAAUAACACUAAUUUAUUACGG